GCCCCCAAAUAUUCUUUGUUUGCUCUGGACCACUUGACGCUACCUGCCAGAAAAGGAUCAAUAAUGUUUGUCUCUUGCUAGAGGAAUAUGCAGCUCUGUAGUUUUAUUUAGACAGACUAUUGGCAGGGAUAUACAUCAGAGGAAACCAAAAGCCAGAUGGAAUAGUUCCUGAAUGAAAUUUUAUUCCUGUUCGCAAUUAUUUCGAAGGGGGAUACCCUCUGGAUCAGAAUUAAAAUGCUCUGGUUUCAAGGAAAUAGCCUGCAGAUUGCCAGAUCCUCCUUUGGACUCUUGAGAAAUCUCUCUGCCUCUAACACGGCUCUGCCUGUGCUGACCUUAUUCACAAAGCACCCAUGCCCCCUAUGUGAUGAAGCUAAAGAAGUGCUCCAGCCUUAUAAAAACAGGGCAGCGUCCCAGCUGGGACACAUCUUGUUUCAUCGGGAACAGAGCAGAGCCCUGCUGCUGAAUGGAGCAGGUGUAACUAUGAAAACCAGAAUGUAGAGUCCAGUGUAAUGAAACCAGUCGGGCUUUGUAAAUUUAAGCCAUUCAAACAGUCGGGCUCAGCAUAUCGCUGCAGCUGUAGCAUUGCUCCAUGAUCCGAGAGGUGGAGUGCUUUAACCUAUCCAUGUUUUAGUUUAUUUUACAGGAGGUGGACAUCACACUUCCCGAAAAUUCUACUUGGUAUGAAAGGUAUAAAUUUGACAUCCCCGUCUUCCAUUUGAAUGGCCAGUUUCUGAUGAAGCACCGAGUAAAUACCUCAAAGCUUGAAACACAGCUUCUGAAACUUGAGCAGCAGGUGCUGGAGACAAACUGAUGUCUUCUGAUUGAUGCAAGUCCUCGGAUGAGGCGUUUCCUUACAGGCAUCCUGUGAACUAAGAAGAACACAUUGUAGAGCGAGGGAAGCUGUAGGAAUGAAGAAGUCUAUUUGUUGAGUCAAUCUUUCCCCUUUGCGACCGUGGAUGCACCUCUCCUGCACGGGACAGUACCCUGAUAGGAAGCAGGCUCUGCAGUCCGGCUGCCAAGCAGCCCUGGAACCCAACGUCAUGGAGUAAAUGCUCUUACACCAUUAAAGUGGAUUGUGAAUUGUUAAUAGCUGUGCAUAGUUGAGAAAGGGAUGUUUUAAUGAACACAUCUGCAUGUAGCCUAUUUCAGUGGAAUUUAAUAAUACCUGUUUAAAAUUAGCGUUCACUUUUGUUAAGUAGAAUAGAAUAAUUGUCCUAGCCAAAAAGGCUUCACUUCAGAAAGACAAAAGAGGCUUAAACCUACAGACGGUGUAAGCAGACUCAGCUGCACGUCAUCAUGGGAUUGAUUUGUAAUGUUGAGGACAGCAUUGAGUUAUCAUCCGUUAACUCAACUAAUUGUAAAUAGUAACUUUGUCAAAUUUUUGAAUCUUAGAAAAAUUCAUUUUAAUCAUAACUGAACAUAUCUAAGCAUAAAGUAUCAUAUAAAGUA